AUGUGUGACACCAGCCAGAAUCACCUUGCUAAUACCAUCCCUAUGAUGAAGCAUGGUGGUGGCAGCGUCAUGCUAUGGAGCCCUUCAUUCCUGGUUGCAGUGCCUAGCGAGAUACAACUAGGAGUGCCGACAUCACUGUCAGUUACAGUCCUAAUCGAUUCUCCUGUCAGUGUCACUGCAGAGGUUUUCAGUGAUAACACCAGUAUUUUGGACAGUGCUGCAAGCCCUCCUCCUCCAUACACGCUUGUGGUUAAUGGCUAUGUGGGGAAGAUGUUGGUGUUCAGCAACACAACCAUCAUGCAAAUCAAGGCCUUGAGCUUCACUACCUUCAUCCAGACUGACAAAUCCCGCUAUGAGCCCGGCCAGGCAGUGAAGAUCCGGGCCAUCUCCAUUUACUCUGACGGCAAGCCGUACAAAGGCCCAGCUGACAUCACCAUCAAGGAUCCCAAAGGAAACUUGGUGCAGCGGUGGCAGCUUGUUGAGAGCUACCUGGGUGUGGCGACUAGGGAAUUACAGCUCUCAGAAAAUCCUCGCCCUGGCAUGUGGACCAUAUUGGUUACGGUUAAUGAGGUGAUCAAGAGGAACUUUAUGGUGGAACACUAUGUGCAACCAAAUUUUGAAGUGUUGGUAAAUGUGCCCAGUAUCAUUCAUUAUGAAGAUAACCUGAUUGGAAAGGUCAAUGCCCAGUACCCGAACGGGAAACUGGUACAUGGAGUAAUGACAGUGAUGGCUGAGUUAUUUAACGGAAUGAGUGCUAAUAAGACCAAGAAGAUCAGUGGUUCGGGCGAUUUUGUCUUCAGCAAAGCUGACUUCACACACCACUUUGGCCUAUUUAAACGAUCUGUGAAGCCCAAGGAAGGCGAUGAUAUGGUUGUUAUUAAUGUCAUUGCCUGGGUUACGGAGACUCUAACAGGUUUAAAAUAUAGUAGAAAAACAAUAGUGAAAGUGGUAUUCCAGAAAUAUCACCUUGAAUUCUUCAACUAUCCCAGAGUGCUGAGAACAUCACUAAACUUCACUGCACAGGUAGGAAGACUUUUUAUAAUCAUGAGUGGAAUAACAUUGCCAAUGAAGAUGACCUCCCCUUCACCACACCCCCUACCCCUCACCCGAGCCCCUCCCCCACCCACCACCAUUGCUCCCCUACCCUCCUCCAUAACAAUGAAGAACUACAAGCUUCUAGCCACCAGCGGGGCCAGCCAGAAGAGCCAAGAGCCUCUAGCCACCAGCGGGGCCAGCCAGAAGAGCCAAGAGCCUCUGGCUACCAGAGGGGAAUGGCUGUCAGUGGAUGAGAGCAUGGUCCCAUACUAUGGCCGACAUGGAUGGCUGGGUCAGGGACCCAGCGUUGUUCUUGGUCUUUCAGAGCAAGCUCAGGUGCCUCAAGGUUGCAAAUUUACCCAUGACAACCUCUUCACAUCACUUGCACUCCUUGAUGAGAUGACAAAAAGACGAUAUGGGAGCUCUGGAACAGUGAGGCAGAAUCGCCUGUUUGAUGUCCCUUUCAUGCCACAGAAGGACUUCAUGAAGUUACCUCGGGGAACCGCUGAGGUUCUGACCCAAGGAGAGAAGCUGCUGGUCUGGUGGAAAGACAAUAACAUUGUCACAGUGGCAACAAACGUGGAGGAGAAAUACAGUGAGGUCACUGUCAAGAGAUGGAACAAGGAGCGGCGUGCCUUUGAUAAAGUCCAACAACCAAAAUGCAUCACCAAAUACAAUGAGCACAUGGGUGGUGUAGACCUUCACGACCUACAAGUUUCAAGAUACCAUAUCUCAAUCAGGUCUAAGAAGUGGUGGUGGCCCAUCUUUGCAUGGUCUCUCAACAGUGCACUUGUAAACAGCCAUCUCUUUUACAGAGAUGUUAUGGGAGGGACCAUUGACCUGCUCACCUUCUCACGGAUACUGGCACAGAGUCUUGUGCAAAGGUUUGGCACAAAACCACUGAGCCACGGAAGGCGAUCUCGACUGGCUGCCACUGUUAAAGAUCAGCUGAAGGUGUUGCUGUACAACCAAAGUACAUUGACUCCAAUGGAUCGGAUGAACAAUAUUACAAUCGAUAUGAGGCAGGUGGAAGAUAAUGGGCGCAAAGAGUCCUUGGUGCAGCUGAGCCUCCCUGUGCCAGAGGAUGGGAUAAUAGACCUCAGCUUUCCAGUUUUGGACCAGGUGUCAAUGCUUGUCCUUCAGGCCGAGUUUCAGAAGAAUGCUGUGUUCCUGGAACUAAUGAGGCACUACACUUCUCCCAGCAGUUCCUACAUCCAGAUCAACAGGUCCAGCUCUCCUGCACAUGUUGGGAUUCCUCUUUGGUUCACUGCAGAGAGUAGUUAUCCAUUGUCAGAGUUUCAUUAUUUGGUUAUGGCCAGGGGCACCAUUGUAGCAUCCGGAACGGUGACCUCCAUGUCCUUCUCCCUGACACCCGAGGACUCCUGGGCCCCUUUGGCCCACCUGGUGAUCUACAGCAUCCGCUCAGAUGGCGAGAUCGUCAAUGAUGCAAUAUUUCUUCAUGUUAACCAGCUUCAGAGGAACGAAGUAUCUCUGAGCUGGAGUCAGGCCAAUGUGAAGCCAGGGGAGGAAGUGUCACUCACAGUGACGGUCUCUGAACCCGAGAGUCUGGUUGGAAUUCAGGUCGUGGACAACACAAGAAACUGCCCUGAGCUGUGCAAUAGCCUCACUGAAGAAGAGGUGCUUGAGGGACUUACUGAGGACAAUAUGGACGAAGACAGUCUGCCUCUGAAGAGCGGUGACCCCUUCUCCAUUUUCACGACUUGCAACAUCAUAGUGUUAACAGAUGCCAAAUUACCUCGGAGUGAGGUCAAAAGGCCUGUUGCUGAGGAGGAAAUGGAGGAUGAAUCCAAGGGUGUGGAUGUGGACUGGGAGCCUGGGGCAUGCAGGGACUGGAUAUGGCUGGAGAAGAACAUGAGCACAACAACAGCAAAACUUUCCUUCAGUGUGCCUGAUCACAUCACUUCCUGGCAUGCCAGUGCCUUUGUAGUGUCAGACAAUCUGGGUUUGGGGCUCAUGUCUACGCCAGCGAAGCUGACCGUGUCCCAGAAAAUGUUUGUGUCUUUGGACCUCCCUCAUUACAUCAUCCGUGGAGAACAGCUGGUCCUGGAGGUCCAACUAUGCCACAACUUUGAGAAGGACCUGGAGGCCUUGGUGUUUGUGGUGGACAGUGAUUUGUUUGAAUUUGUCUACGCCGACAACCAGUCAUCUCAGAACGGCAUGCCGAGGAACUUGUUCGUGCGAAGCGGGAAUUGCGCCACCGCUCUUUUUCCCAUUAGGCCCAAGGACCUCGGCACAAUGUCUGUGACAGUGAAGGCUGUGUCCAUUUUUGGCUCCGACACAGUUACCAGCACAGUUCUGGUCAAGUCUGAGGGCAUUGAGGAAUCAUUCAUCAAGUCUUUGUUUCUGGAGCUGGUCCCAUUCGCGGAUAACCACUCCAAAGAUAUCACCUUCACCUUUCCCCCAGAUGUGGUGCCAGGCAGCCAACGGGCUGAAGUGGCUGCAGUCGGCAACAUCCUGGGGCCCACCCUCUCAGGGCUGGAGUCCCUCAUACAGAUGCCCUAUGGCUGUGGAGAGCAGAACAUGAUCCAUUUUGCCCCAAACAUCUACGUCCUGAAGUUCCUUACCGUCACCGGUCAGGUGGAGGACGAGAUCUACAACAGAGCCAUUUCCUUCAUGACAACAGGUUACCAGAAUGAGCUGUCCUACCAAAGGGAGGAUGGCUCUUUCAGUGCCUUUGGGGACAAUGAUGCCUUUGGCAGCACAUGGUUGUCUGCGUUUGUGCUACGGUGCUUCCUCCAGGCGCGACAGUUCAUCACGAUCGAUGCCAACGUUCUCUCCCAAACAGCAGCCUGGUUGGUCAAACAGCAGAGGCCCGACGGGGCCUUCAACGAGCCAGGGAGGGUCAUUCACACAGAGCUUCAGGGAGGCCAAGAUCACUCCCGUAAUAUCUCUCUGACCGCGUACGUUCUGAUGGCCCUGCUAGAGGACCAGACCAACAAGGAUUUGUACGCCGACACCGUGACAAACGCGCUGCUCUUCCUGGAGAGCAAGCUCACUGAAGGGAUCUCCAGUAACUACAGCCUGUGCCUGGUGUCCUACGCUUUGUCCCUUUCUCUACGUGUCAGUGCACAAACUGCCCUGCAUGAGCUUCUGGGAAGAGCAGAUAUAAUAGACGGCGUGGUGUUCUGGAGUUUGCCAGGCGGGGGGCUCAAGGAUUCCUGGCAACCGCGAUCGGCCUACAUAGAGAUGGUGGCCUAUGCGCUGCUGUCCCUUCAUACCCAGGCCAAGGUGGUGGAGGGCAUCCCCCUCAUGAAGUGGCUCAGUGAGCAGAGGAACCAGCUGGGAGGGUAUGGCUCCACACAGGACACUGUAAUAGCACUGCAAGCCCUGUCCCAAUAUGCACACUUCAGCGGGUCAGAUGCCAUUGACCUGAGGAUUACAGUCAGCACCAAGGACUCUUACACUCUGGCCAUGUUCAACAUCAAUUCUGAAAACACUCUGCUGCUGCAGACCCAAGAGAUUGAAACUGGGAAUGAUAUACACCUAACUGUUGCUCUGGAAGGAAGAGGAUUUGCUCUAUUUCAGUUGAACGUCUUUUACAACUUGGACGGCCGCAAGGUGUCACAGCCUCGCAGUGGCCAUGAGGAUGCCGAGGCAUUCGAUUUGGACAUUGAUGUCGUAGAGGAGGACCUGGACCACAUCUCCCUGACCAUAUGCACUCAACUGCGGGAUGGCCUGCAUAUUAUUCAGACGGGCAUGGCACUGGUGGAAGUGAGCAUGCUCAGUGGGUUCACGGCAGUUGAAGGUGGGAUCCAAAUUAAUGAUAUUGUGAGGAAAGUGGAAACGCCCCCCGGUAAAGUGGUUCUUUACCUGGAUUCGCUAACCACAGCGCGUGUGUGCUUUAACAUCCCAGCAGUGAGGGACUUUAAAGUGGCAAAGGUUCAAAAUGGCAGUGUCGUCAUCUGUGACUACUAUGAGCCCCGGAGGAAGGUAGAGAGGGAGUACAAUUCAGAAAUGAUGCGUCACACGUCCAUCUGCGCAUUCUGCGGGGAAGACUGCAGCAAGUGCAGGGACGUGGGGUCUGGCGGCGUCUCUGUCUCCCGCCUGCUGCGAGACAACAUCUGCAGCCUCGCAUGGGCGCUGCUCAUCCUGGCUGCUGUCGGGCGCUGA